CUCAGGUUCAUCCUGUUGGGCAGAACUUGCGCUUACGAUUUGCAGCCGUGGGCACAUAAAGGAUCGUGAAGGCUGAUGCUGGCAAAUGACCCACUAGUCAGAGAGCAUUUUCCGCAGUACUUGCCUUCGGAGGAUGAGCUCUCCGCCACGGCGCAGUUGGUGGCUGAAAUGCCUUCAAAUGAGAUGCAGCUGAAGGAGUUUGUUGCCAUUCAUGCAGACGUCAAAGCAACUCUGCGGCGCUUUUGUUGGCAAGCCAAGCAAGAUGGUUUGACAGGGGCUGCCUGUGCACAGGAGGCUGUCAAGCUUCUGAAUCUUUGCUUGGAAAGACGCGCAAAGUUGGGACUGAACUCCAUCCUGACCACUCCAAGCUUUCCACCGGAGUAUUGGGCGUCGUUUAUCGACGUUGUGCCUCAGACCUACCAUGGCUUGGGUCCUCGGGGACAGCCCAUCGUGCUAAUCCGCACGGGUGGCAUAGACCCAGCAGCUUUCAACAAGCUGCAAUCAACGGGGCAGGAGCAUGCUGUUGCAGAUGUCCUUCACCAGCAAUUCAUUGUUUGCAAUAUGUGGUACUUGUUUCUGUAGGCAGAUCACAGACCGCUGGGUCGUUUAAAUUCAGGCACCUGUUUCUGGCAUCGCCAUUUGAAGCGGGUGCUACUAGACGUUGCCGGUCCGGGCAAUUAGCAAGUGCAACAUUUGGAAGUGCUCUUUUAUCCUCAGGAAUACUGGCAUGGCUGUUAGCUUGACUCUCCCUCUCUCUCUCUCUUUCUAUUUCUUUUGGUGCUUGGUUUUGCUUCUGCUGAGUCCGUGCACGAACUCCAGCAAAGAACAGAUCUUCACCUUUCAGAGGUGGUUCAAUAGGAGCUUGUAGAGCUCCUCCCUUUCUUUUUGUCUCCGCCGCUCUAUUCCUCUCCCUUUACCUCUAUGUUCUGCAUCGAUGCCCCACGUCAUGGAUUUGUUGCUCUCUUCAAGUCCUCACUGUCCUCCUCACUAGUAAAUUUGCCGUCGCAAACAGUAGCGGGUAGGGAGUCCACGCAAACAGUGCACUGUCCUCUUCCCAUAGCCACCGAGCUUGGCCGCUGAGAAACUGCUCCUGGCAUUGGGUUGUGUGCUCGCCUUUAGCUAACGGCUAAACUCUUGAGAGGGCGAUGGAGAAGAAGAAGAAGAAGGUUCAUGUGCGCAGAAUAUACCGAAUGAUCUUGAUGUUUCUUACAGCAAAUGCGACGUCCUUCUCUGCGCUACCGCUACUCAUAUCGUGCGAUGGACAGCGCACACCAUCUAGGUUGCUGAGCACUGCAACUGAUGGGGUGGUGCAUGGUUUCGUAUUUCCAGUCGUUACCACUGUAGCAGGCUGUAGCUUGGCCGUAGUCUUCCUGCAGCCUCAACCUUCGCCAUCACAUACUCCGGUGAUAGGCCGAGUGCGGAAUCGCCUCUUUGUGCGUGGCCGUGCAUGGCUGUGUGGCAAGCAACGCAGGUUGGCACAGGUGCGCGUGCGUGCAAGCGCACAUUUGCGUUUGCCAUCACUAGAUGCCAUCCAGGUCAACCAAAGUUGUUGCCUUCAAUCGAACUGUGCAUCCACUCUACGCUCUCCAGACUAGUGGCGAAAGGCUGCAACCCCGAAACAUCACUAUAGAUUGCUCCCCCCAAGGACAGUGCAAGUCACAAACCACCAGAGAAAAACUGACUGAGAAUAUGUUGCACCAUCCUGGUUGUUCCCCAGAAGGCCAGGCGCACCUUUGCUUUUGGAUGAGGUCAAUGCUGCAGUCCUGUGUUUUCUCAGAUGCGAAGAAUGCCUUUUUCGGAAAACUGUUCCGGAAGAAAGUGAGUCUGUGGGCCACCUCGCAGAUCGCAUUAUUUUGAUCAUCGAUCUAUGGGGCAUGGGCCUUGGCCACAUUCGUUUUGCCAGAGAUUUUCUGGCGGUGGCAGUGAGACAGACAGUCAUAUUGUAUCCUGAAACUCUUGACAGAGUUCUGGUUGUCAAUGCAGCGAAAAGCUUUUGGAGCACCUCGAUGCAAAUUCUAUCCCUUUUCAGCUUGGAGGUCCAAACCAUGGAAUUCACAUGGGACGACUACUCCAUGAUUGAAGAAUUCCUUGCAAAAUGUUUAAUUUGGUAUUAUAUAUGAUAUGUAUAUAGUAUUGUAUAUUUGAGGGAAAUAAGGAG